AGCAAACAAUGGAAAUGUAUAGUACAGCUUGUAAGGAAGCACUUAGUGCAAGACAAAAGGUCUGUCAAGAUCUCUUAUUCCUUUACCUACUGCCAUUGGAAUAAUAUGCACAUCCUAACAUUUUUUCACUCUGCAGGCAAUGGAGCUACAACGCUGGAAAAUGGAAGAACAGAAAAGAUUAGAAGAGGCGCGAUUAGCUGAGGAAGCUGCAUUAGCUCUUGCAGAGAAAGAAAAAGCCAAAUCUAAGGUAGCCAUAGAACAUGCAGAGGCUGUUCAAAGGAUUGCUAAAUUAGAAGUUGAGAAGAGAAUUAGUGCAGAAAUGAGAGCUUUGAGAGAAGCAGAUGAGAGGAGUACCGUGAUGGGCCAAAUGUCACAUACAUGCUUCAGAUACAGGCGAUACACCAUCGAGGAGAUUGAAGCGGCAACAGAUAAUUUCUCCAAAUCUCUCAUAAUUGGAGAAGGUGGGUAUGGGCCAGUUUAUAAAUGCUAUAUGGACCACACAUCUGUUGCAGUUAAGGCCCUUCGUGCAGAUGCAGCACAUGGAAGACAACAGUUUCAGCAAGAGGCAAGAAAGAUGAUAUAUGCACACAGACACACACACACAUUUUUAUAUAUGCUCAACAGAGAAUAUGGACUAAGAUUUUUCCAAACUAGGAGAGUAAAAAAUAUUUGCAAGCCCAAAAUAGAUGUACUGACUCUAUAGCACUUGAUGACGUUGAAAUCUUGACUUUAUGAAAGCUAUGUUUUUUUAUUUAGAAUUUUUAUAUGGGAAACCACAUUGUAUGAAGCAUGAACAAACUUGUUUGACAGAGUAAAUACCAUUUUCAUUGUCCUCACUUUUGGUCUUACAACUUACAUAACUAUCAAUUUUCGUACACAAGUUUUUGUCUAUUACUUUUGGACCUUCCAAGCACACUUCUAAAAAAAAAGAUGGAAGUUUGUUGGUUUAGUAGGGCGAAGCUUUGAACUUGGAUUAUAAAAAAAAUGAAGCAAAAUUUCACAAGGUGCAGUAGGUUAUAUUUUAUCGGUAUAAAGUUGGCUGAUGUUG